AAGAUGUUCAUGAACACCGUCCUGCGCGCGGACAUCGGGUUCGGAGAGGCGUACAUGAACGGCGACUUCGACUGCGACUUAUACGCGCUCCUCGAUAUGCUGUGCGCGGGCCACCCCGCGAACGUGGGAUCGCGCGCGGGCGCGGACAGCGGCGUGCCGUCCGCGGGCGGCGGCAUGGAAUUCGCCGCGCACGCGGCGCUUUCGAACACGAGAGAAGGGUCGAAGCGAAACAUCGAGUACCACUACGACGCCGGGAACCGGUUCUACAAGCUCUGGCUCGACGACACGAUGCUGUACAGCUCGGGGAUACAUCAGCCGCUGAAGUGGAAGACGCGGGAGGAGCGCUUAAAGGCGGCGCAAUACGCCAAGAUCGACGCGAUGAUCGACCGCCUGGACGUGCAGCAGAGCGACCACGUCCUCGAGAUCGGGUGCGGGUGGGGCGCGUGCGCGAUUCGUCUGUGCGAGCGAUACCCGAACGCGAGAGUCACGGGGCUGACGAUCAGCAACGAGCAGGCGCGUUCUAUCUCACACUGGUUCCCAUACGACCGCGCGACGGCUCGCGUCGCCGCCGCCGGCGUCGCGGACCGCGUGACCAUCGUCCUCAAGGACUACCGCGAUCAUCUCGGCGCGGACGAGAGGGCGACGUACGAUAAGGUGAUCUCCAUCGAGAUGAUCGAGGCGGUGGGGCACGAGCACCUCCCCGGGUUCUUCCGGGUCGUUUCCGACGCGUUGAAGCCGGGCGGGAAAGCCGCGAUUCAGGUCAUCACGAUGCCGGACGAUCGAUACGAGAGCUACUGCAAGUCUGAAUCCGACUUCAUCCGAGCGUACAUCUUCCCCGGCGGGCACUUGCCCUCCGUCGGCGCGAUGGUCGCGGCCGCGGAGCCCGCGGGGCUGAUCCUCGACCCCGCGUACGACGACAUCGGGACGCACUACGCGGUCACCUUGCGUCUGUGGCGCGAGCGGAUGAUGGCGAGAAAAGACGACAUCCUCGCCAUGGGAUACUCGCGCAAGUUUCUUCGAAUGUUCGAGUUUUACUUCGCGUACUGCGAGGCUGGGUUCGCGCGAGGUCUCAUACACGACCUG